CAUUGGAAAUGGGAACCGAAGUAGGACCGAAAGCUUCCGCAAAACGCCCAUUUACUUGUUUUGAGACGACUGCUCUUGAAGAAAAAGAAAAAGCCCUAGAACUUGUCUAUUUUCUAAGGAAAUUGUAGGUGCGACUCUCCGCCUGAUGAUCCGGGAUUAAGAACACUUUAAUCGCAUUAAAAUAUCGUCGUUAUUCCGGCAUUUAGUUUAUCUGAAGAAAAUAAAGCACCAUACUAAUCGUUUUAUCUCCGAUACGCGGCGUGUUGAAGAUUACCGGUAGUUGUGAACCGACGUCCGAGUGUUGACGUCGCGAUGGCCAAGCUAGUGGUGUGGGCGUGUCUGCUGGUCGCCGUCGCGGCACAGGACGACUUGUACGAACUCAAUAUUAUACACUUCAACGAUUUCCAUGCACAUUUCGAGGAAGUCAGUCCCUCGGGCACAGUAUGCAACCCCGCCGACACCUGCAUCGGGGGCUACGCGCGGCUCUACACCGCCAUCCGCGAGGCGCGCGAGGCGGAGCCCGACUCGCUGGUGCUGAACGGCGGCGACACAUUCCAGGGCACCAUCUGGUACAACUUCCUGCGGUGGAACGUCUCGCAGCACUUCAUGAAUCUGCUGCCGCAUGACGCACACGUGCUGGGCAACCACGAGUUCGACCACGGGCCCGAGGGCCUGCUUCCGUACUUGGAGCGCCUGAACGCGCCCAUGCUCGGCGCCAACGUGAACACCACCUUCGAGCCGGAGCUGACGCCCUACCUGCGCAACCACAUCGUGCUGGAGCGCCGCGGGCGCAGGAUCGGCAUCAUUGGAGUGUUGCUCAGAGUGUUCUCAGCGCCAAUCGGAGGCGUAAUAAUGGAAGACGAGGUGGAAGCCAUCAACCGCGAGGCGGCCAUUUUGGAGGAGCAGGGAGUCGACAUCAUCAUAGUGCUGUCUCACUGCGGCUACGCUCCCGAUCUGCGAAUGGCGGCGGAGAUAUCGUCCUCCGUGGACAUCAUAGUGGGCGCGCACUCGCACACGCUGCUCUACACCGGGGAUUCCCCGAACGGCGACUCGGCGGGCGGGGACUACCCUACGCCGGUAGUGAGGAGCGAUGGACAUCGGAUCCUGGUAGUCCAAGCAUCGUGCUACACGCGGUACCUGGGUAACAUCAAGCUGUUCUUCGAUGACGCCGGCAUCAUCCAGGGUUGGGAGGGAGUGCCCAUUUUCCUGGGAUCCUCUAUCGUGCAAGACCCUCAAAUGAUGGCGGAACUAGAGCCAUGGCGUUCGGAAGUGGACGCCGUUGGUAAGGAGGUGCUGGGUCGCUUGCUGACUCCCCUCAGCCGCUCCUGCUACUCGCGGGAGUGCAACAUCGGCAGCUGGGCUUGUGACGGCUUCCUGCAGCAGCUGAUGGAGCGCGCUAAUGAAGGUUCGUGGAACGAAGCGCACGUCUGCUUGAUCAACGCCGGCGGUCUGCGUGCGGCCAUCGAUCGCGGCGCGGUGACGACCGAGGGCCUCCUGAUGGCGAUGCCGUUCGAGAACUACGUGCAGGUGUACGACCUGAAGGGCGAGCACCUGCUGGAAGCGCUGGAGUUCUCCGUCGGCGUCUACAUGGAGCCCGGGGACUUCUACAGCGGUCGCAUGCUGCAAAUCGGAGGCCUACGCGUAGUAUACAACGCAUCGCAGCCCGUCAACUCGCGCGUACAGUCGGCCUCGGUGCGCUGCGUCGACUGCUCCGUGCCGCGAUACACGCCGCUCGACCCCAGCGCCACCUACCGUGUCGUUACCCAGAACUACAUCGGCGACGGCGGCGGCGGCUACACGAUGCUGUCAGAAAACCGCGAAAACCUGGAGAACCUGCAGCUAGACUACGUGAUGCUGCAGGAGUUCCUGCGGCACCAGGGCGCCGUGCUGCAAGACCUGGACGGUCGCAUCGAGGUCGUCUUCUAGGACCAAAGUUUUAGAACCAACUUUAAAUGUUUUCAAUAUAGAGUCAGAGCGGUUACCGCGAAAACCGAAAUUCGCAAAUUGCGGGAAUCUUUCUCUUUUACUCUAAUGAAGGCGUAAUUAGAGUAACAGAGAAAAUUCGCGGUUAUAGCCCUGACCAGCGAGUCGUGUCACAAGCUAUUUUUUUUAAUUCUAUAGAAUUAAAAAAAUAGCUUGUGACAUAUAUAUGGCAACAUUUUUUCCCAUCAAAUAAGCUGUCAGUUUCAAGCUGUUAUUUACUUUCAUAGUGAUUUUAUUGCCAGGUGCGGUUUUUUUUAAAUUCCCGCGUUUUUUUGUGCCACGACUCGCUGGUCAGGCUGGUCCUAUUUUAUACGGAGUUGAGCAAUUCUCAGCAAAGUCAAAUUGUAUACGUUUUGUCUUAUUUUAAGCUUUUAUAAGGCAGGAACGAAUAUAAUAUUCCUCACUUGAUUUUAAUUUCAGUAGUAAGGUUCAAUUUUGGGUAAUACAUAUUCGACUCUUUCACCCAUGUUCGUUAAGUGGAUAACCCAUAUAUUUUAGUCCAAAUUGAAAGAACCGCUCCACUACGUAAAAAAUCACGUUAAAAUUAGAGCUCUAUUCUAACUAUUUUGGCUCAGCGAUCCAAAGAGAAUCUUGGCCUUAGAAACGAGAGCGUGCCACCAGUCCCCAUCCUGCGCAAAUUCCUGCCAGUUACAGACACU